CCGCACUUUUCGAGAGCGACAGCUACAUCUCGCACACACAUACACCACACACCCAUUGCGCAUUCAAUAAUUCGCAAUCAUGGGUAAAGGAAAGCCUAGAGGAUUGAACGCCGCACGCAAGCUGCGCAACCACAGACGUGAGCAGCAAUGGGCAGAUCUUCACUACAAGAAGCGAUUGCUCGGCACCGCCUACAAGUCCUCCCCAUUCGGUGGCUCCUCGCACGCCAAGGGCAUAGUUCUGGAGAAGGUCGGUGUUGAGGCCAAGCAGCCCAACUCUGCUAUUCGAAAGUGUGUGAGAGUUCAACUCAUUAAGAACGGCAAGAAGGUUACCGCCUUCGUGCCGAACGACGGUUGCCUUAACUUCGUCGACGAGAACGACGAGGUCCUCCUCGCUGGUUUCGGUCGCAAGGGCAAGGCCAAGGGUGAUAUUCCCGGUGUUCGUUUCAAGGUCGUCAAGGUUUCUGGUGUCGGUCUGAUGGCUCUGUGGAAGGAGAAGAAGGAGAAGCCUCGUUCAUAGAUUCGUUCGAACAUGCGUGUGUGUCUGCUACUACGGGUUUUCAAAUCAUGGAAGGUGUACACGGAUUUUAUGGGUGCAGACGUUUCAAAAUGCAUCUUCAUGAUUGCAUAGAGGCCUACUAUUACGGGUCGAAAACAAUGAUAUAGUAUGGCAUAUUGUUCGCCAUUUCUGAGCAGACCAUCAAAUGCAUCAAUGACCUGAUCUCUCUCUGUGCACAAAAUUAAACUUAGUCCAACACUUA